UUUAUUAUGUUUUGAUAAAAUUACCCUCAUACAAUCUUCGUCCUCUUCCUUGAACACCAAGAUUCAAACAUAUUUUCUUGGUUCUGAAAAUUUCUACCAAAAUCCGACAAAAAAUGGAAGGUGUUAGAAGAGCAGAGGUGAUCGUUACCAAGAGAUGUUCGAAGCUGCGCGUGGAGUUCACGCCUUCACUACGUGGCAGUCGCAUAUCGGAGCCUUUUUCUCCUGCCACCACCAAUGCUUCCUCCCGGUUCCAACCACCAGUUCGAUCCGACGGACCUUUCUCUGGUCUAAUCAUCUGUGUAACUGGUCUCUCUAAAGAAGCAAGGAAACAGGUUAAGGAAGCUACAGAGAGACUUGGUGGUGAAUAUAGUCCUCUUUUGCAUUCUCUAUGUACACAUUUGGUUGUUCAGAGUUAUGAUGGAUGCAAGUUUGAGCAUGCCUUGAAACAUGGAAGAAGAGAGACUUUGCAUAUCGUUACGCUUGGCUGGUUUGUGGAUAGUGUCCGUAGAAAUGUUAAGUUGGGUGAGUCUUUCUACGCGGUAAAAAAGCUUGGAGACACUAAGGUGAAUGUAGAUGGAUCUAAAUCGGUUUACGCGGUAGAAAAACCACCUAGAGGAAUGCAAGGAACAAAGUUCACAGGAAGCAAGGACUUGGCCUUGUCAGGCUAUUCAGUUUUUAUCGAUCCUGAUAUUUCAGAAGAAGUGAGACGCCGGGUUUCACAGGUGGCUGUUGAAGGAGGUGCCAAGCUUAUGAAUCAAUGGUUCAUUGGAUGUAAUGCAAGUCAUGUUGUAUGUGAAGCUGGUUCUGUCCUGAGAUAUCUUGGUCACUCGAGUAAUUUGGUUACACCAGUAUGGCUUCAGAAGACGUUGGAAGAGAAACCAAUGCAAAAUGUUGUUCGAAUGUCAGCUGAUUUGGCAAGAGAUGUUAUAACAAUGCUUGAGAAUCUUGUGAAGGGAUCCCGCAUGGAAUGUGUUCUUGAAGAUGCCUCGAUGUUAAGAAAUAGAACGACAACAUACAAAGAAAGGCAGAAGAUUGUGGAAUCCGCCAAAAAGGCUGUCACAAAUCACCACGCAAAGGCAUUUCAUCUUCUCUAUAUUUCAUCUUCGGAAACCAACCUAUCGCUAAACCGCACUCUAUUUUCUUUGUUCUUCAAACAGAUGGGCAAGAUGCUGAUCCAGCCGAAUCAGACCAGCCUUCUAGAUUCUAUUUGUUGGACAGUAUCUGAACCAACCUCAACAGCUAGUGUUAUCAUAGAUAGUUUUAACAACAACGAAGAUAUCGAAAGAAAAUCUUUAUCUGCCUUCUUUGAUGAUAAAACCAAUGAUUCAUUCCCUCACUCCAUAAGACUGCUCACAGAAAGUGAGAGAAUGGAAUUGGUAUACAAAAACCAUUUUAUAACAUUACUACUUCCAAUUGAUUGGUAUGGUGAGAUGGGACCUUCUUCCAGGUCGUAUUUUAGUGAAACCGGCUUUACAUGUCAGCAGAUUCUACAACACAUCUAUGCAUUCUAUCAGGAAAAUAUGUCUGAGGAGGAAAUCAAAGCAGCAAUUCACACCAACUCGAGGCAGAGUGAAAAGCUCCGAGCAGUGGACUCGAUGAUGAAAGGCGGGAAGACUGUAUUCAAACGGAUUCAGUUUCUUGGAUCCCGGAAAGGCUUUGAGAUGCUUAAACGUGUUAGUAGCUUCAAUUGUAGUAAUGUCUAUGAGCUUAUCAUUAAGGCAUAA